CAAAACUCAGUUGACUGAUGUUACAAUAAGCAAAUUACGACUGAAAAUCAAAAUAAUUUAAGCAUCUUUUACAACAAAAAAUGAUGUUCUUAAUAUGGAUAAUAUGGAUCUUAAAUAUCGUUACGGCUUCCGCCCAAGUUUCAAGUUCGCCUCCAGUUCUGAUUUGGGGAAUCAAGACUCCUAAACUUAAGACAAUUUUUCGCCUUGUUACAAACAAACAGUUUUACGGACUAAUGAAGAAAAUUCAGAAGGAGCACAUGAUUGUUAUGUAUUUUGCAUCUGAGCUCUCCGCCAAGGACCUUAACUGCGAGCCGUGUUUUCCCAACUUAAUGCUAAUCAAAAACAUGAACUAUUACAGUCAGGUGGAGGAACCGCUUAAGGCAUUGCAGAGAGUCAGCCAGAAAACCAAUGAAAUCAUCUGGCACAAGCUCCUGAUCACAAACCAAACGGACUUAAAGCUGGAAACGAAGAUGCCAUGUCAACCGGGUCGAAUUCAUGCCUUUGACUUUCAAGAUCGCAACCGAUUAGCUCAUGACUAUGCCAUGGGAGUGUCUAACUCACAGUUUGACAACUGUCCCGUAGUCCAGGCUUACACCGCCCUCAAGGAGGAGAACCUGGCUUACCAGCGUCGCAAGGAGCAAUCUAUUAUUAUCAGGACUCGGAAGAAUGAAAGUGACAUGGCUCCCCAUCUUAGCUUCAUUAGUACCAGAAGUAACAAUGAAUUAAUCGUCCUGCGCUGCAAGCAGGCCAUCCUCGCCUUCAACCGUAUCCUGUUGUCGUACAGAGAAACUGGAAAAUCGCCCCACAUGGUGCGCACGAACCUGACAGUCAGGCGGAAUAAUCAAGCCAUGCAGGUGGGCACAUACAAAGAGCCUAUUGAUCUGAGCGCCGGCUUGGUGCUCGUACUGGACACGGCCUUCAGUCCGAUUGUUAUUGAGGUGCUGCCGGUGAAGGGGAAUUGGUACCUUACCCGCGUCAUUAUCAACGAUACUACCUUCUAUCCGAAGGACCUCAUCUUCUUUAGCGACGAUUUCAGUCUGUGCUGCAGUGAAGUGAACUUCUUUGCCUGGGACAAGUCGCUACUGAGCCUGACCGACUUUCACUUGGACAUCAUAACUUCGGCCGAUAAAAGCGGAAUGUUGCUACAAUACCAGGCAAAGCCAUGCUGGAGUACCUCCAAGUUUUUAACACCCACCCUGGCCCAGACCCUGAUCGUCAUGUUCCUCUUCGUGGGGAUCUUCAGUAUCGGCAUGGUGUUCAUCACGAACAUAGGACGGAACGAGCUGGUUCAGGUGGCUGCCGAGCCGGAUCUGUACAUCAAGACGGAUCAAUAAGGCGACUGGUGGAAUGGCAAACUUUAUAAGCCGCCCUCGCGCACGCUCUUUGAUGCACAUGCGACAUACUCUACACACAUUCAGCUAAUUCACUUGCUUACAAUUCUAAUCGCUUGGGGGGCACUGAUGGGCU